AGCUGAGGGGCCGCUGCGGGCCGAGCGCGGCUGAGCCUGCCCGCCCCCGAGCUCCACCGGCCGGCCGCCCCGCGCCCCCGUCGCGACCCCGCGCUCCGAGUACCGGGCCUGACGGCCGCGCGAGCCCGGGCGGGGAAGGCAGGGCCGGGCGGGCGCCGCCUGCGGAGAGGCCGGGGGCCGGCCUGCGUGGGGCCGCGCGGCGGCGGCGGCGGCGGCGACUCCGGCCGGGCCGGACAGCGCGGGGCCAUGGCCGAGGCGGCGGCGGCUCCGACUUCUGAAUGGGACUCUGAAUGCCUUACGUCCCUGCAGCCCCUUCCUCUUCCCACACCCCCAGCAGCAAAUGAGGCACACCUGCAGACUGCAGCCAUCUCCCUGUGGACAGUGGUGGCCGCCGUGCAGGCUAUAGAGAGAAAGGUGGAAGUCCACAGCCGGCGACUCCUGCAUCUAGAAGGACGGACAGGGACAGCAGAGAAGAAGCUAGCCAGCUGUGAAAAGACAGUGGCCGAUCUUGGGAACCAGCUGGAGGGCAAGUGGGCCGUGCUGGGGACCCUGUUGCAGGAGUACGGGCUGCUGCAGAGGCGGCUGGAGAACUUGGAGAACCUGCUGAGAAACAGGAACUUCUGGAUCCUGCGGCUGCCCCCGGGUAUUAAAGGGGAUAUCCCAAAGGUGCCUGUGACGUUUGAUGAUAUCUCCAUCUACUUUUCCACUCCAGAGUGGGAAAAAUUAGAAGAAUGGCAAAAGGAACUUUACAAGAAUAUCAUGAAGGGCAACUACGAGUCUCUCAUCUCCAUGGAUUACGCCAUGAAUCAACCUGAUGUCUUAUCUCAGAUUCAGCCAGAAGGAGACCAUAAUACAGAGGACCAGGCAGGGCCAGAGGAAAGUGAGAUUCCCACAGACCCCAGUGAAGAGCCUGGCAUUUCAACAUCAGAUAUUCUGUCUUGGAUUAAACAAGAGGAAGAGCCCCAGGCUGGGGCCCCACAGGCGUCCAAGGAGAGUGACGUAUACAAAGGCACCUAUGCUGAUGAAGAGCUGGUCAUCAAAGCUGAAGGCCUAGCUAGAGCCUCCCUGUGCCCCGAGGUUCCAGUCACCUUCUCUUCACCAGCAGCAGCAAAGGAUACUUUUUCGGAUGUGGCUUUCAAAAGCCAGCAGUCUGCAUCCGUGACAACUUUUGGACGUGCAGCCCCAGACCUGGCCGAAGCCUCCGAGGGACAGGUGACUUUUACUCAGUUGGGAAGCUACCCCCUCCCGCCUCCAGCGGGGGAGCAGGUGUUCUCAUGCCACCGCUGUGGCAAGAGCCUCAGCCAAGACAUGUUGCUGACCCACCAAUGUAGCCACACUGGUGAGCACCCCUUACCCUGUGCCCAGUGCCCGAAGCACUUUCCUCAGCAGGCCGACCUCAGCAGCAACUCCCAGGCCCAAACCGGUGAGACACCCCCAACCUGCCCUCACUGUGCCAGGACUUUCACUCACCCGUCAAGACUCACCUACCACCUCCGGGUCCAUAACAGCACUGAGCGCCCUUUCCCCUGUCCCGACUGCCCGAAGCGCUUCGCCGACCAGGCCCGCCUCACCAGCCACCGCCGAGCCCACGCCAGCGAGAGGCCCUUCCGCUGCGCGCAGUGCGGCAGGAGCUUCAGCCUGAAGAUCAGCCUGCUGCUCCACCAGCGGGGGCACGCGCAGGAGCGGCCUUUCUCCUGCCCGCAGUGUGGCAUUGACUUCAACGGCCACUCGGCCCUCAUUCGCCACCAGAUGAUCCACACAGGCGAGCGUCCUUACCCGUGCACUGACUGCAGUAAGAGCUUUAUGCGCAAGGAACACCUGCUGAACCACCGGCGGUUGCACACGGGCGAGCGGCCCUUCAGCUGCGCGCACUGCGGCAAGAGCUUCAUCCGCAAGCACCACCUCAUGAAGCACCAGCGCAUCCACACGGGCGAGCGCCCCUACCCCUGCGCCUACUGUGGCCGGAGCUUCCGCUACAAACAGACGCUCAAGGACCACCUGCGCUCUGGCCACAGUGGCGGCUGUGGGGGCGUUACUGACCCGUCUGGACAGCCGCCUGACCCCCCAGGUCCCCUCCUAACUGGGCUCGAAACCUCUGGCCUAGGCGUUAACACUGAAGCUCUAGAGGCCAGUCAGUGGUAUGGAGAAGGGAGUGGAGGGGGAGUUUUGUAAAUCUCCCGCCUUUCCUAGUUAUCCAUGCUCGCAGCUGGGCGAGAGAAGAGCCCAGAGCCCCUCUAGCCCCGCGGUAAUUACCAUCUGGCACGUUGAUGAAUUUGGGGUCCUAUACGCUUGACUAGAGACGUGCUUGAGUUUUGGAACUUAACAUUACAAGAGCACCACAUUUUGAAACCCAGAAAGAUCUGGAAAGAAGCCCAGUAUCCCCAUCUUUUCAAAAAUAUUACCUAAGCAGAAGUUAUAAGAAUGUUGCGGAGAGGUUGGAAAGCAAGAUUUGGCCUCCAGUAAUCUGUCACAGGGUAGUAGGUUGAUAAUAAUUGUAGCUCUAGGUAGAGACAGGUGUAUGGGAAGAGCCUCCAAAGCUUGAAGCCCAUGGUGAGGCACGGGAAUGUUUAACUUACAUGAAUUCCUUGAUGGUUAGAAGCAAGUGCCAAAGCCUGAGUCCAUGUUCCUGUUCCUCCCUGACACCAGCUCCAGUCUGCUCAGAGGCUCAUGUGCUGCCUCUCCCAAAUAACCAAGAUGGCCUUCCCAGGUUUCCUAGAUUCAUUCUUCUAAUACAUUUUAUUUAAUAUUGGGUGAGCAAGAAAUCUGACUUUAAAAGCUUCUUAAGGAGAACAGUUCUUAACUUUCACCAGCUUGAUUUGAAGCAAUCAUGCUCGUAGUGGCAUUUAAACUGCUAGAAACCUUUGCCAAGGUCCUGGUUAAAUCCCAGCUUUAAAAGCUAGAGAUCCCAGAGAAAUGACAGAACAGCCUAAAAUUUGUGCCUGAACCAUGUUUCUUGGAGUCAUUUAUGUCAAAUUCUUACUGUUUCCAAACCAAUAAGCUGGAUUUUCCAUUCCUGGUCUGAUAUUCUUGACAGUCAUCAGCAGAAAAGAUCACAGCACUUUCUGGAAGCAUUACGGAGUUUCAGAAAGUGCAGUGGACUCUCAGCUUUCAUCUCCUCAGUAGUGAGAUAAUAGUGUUAUGACGUAGCUUUCUUGAGCCGCCAGAGUAUGUGUGUGCUCCGUCUGGCUCCACCCCAUUGGCAGUGGACAGGCUAAGGGACUUCCUAGCUCAAUGAGAGCACCACGCACAGACAAGGACAGCCUCUUCCUGCUUGUUUCGCUUGUAGGGACCAUGGCUACCAUGUGUUCUUUUGUUGGGGUCUUUCAAUCACCUGGAAGCAUCUGAGCCUGGUCCCACUCCUGAGUGGCUUUGCACUUCAGCAUAAGUCCCUUGCCCUUUACAGAUAUCAAAUUUUCAUCUGCAGAAUGAGGCUGAUGAAAGGGAAAAAGUGAGCCCCAAGAAAUUAAAAAAAAAAAAAAAUUCUUGUGAUGCAUUCCUUCUCCUGCCAAAAUCCUAUCUCUAGUCUGGCUUCUAUCCAGGCACAGGCAAAUAAGACAGCAAAAUCAAAGCAGAGACAUUCUUGCUGAAACUUGACUGAAAUCAAUUUGAUUUGUUGUUUUACUCUUGCUUGGAGCCUGAGGUAGAAAACAGAAAAAAUGCAGAAGCCAUAAGUCUUGGGCAGAAAAGCUGUUUAUUCCUGCACUCUCUCAUUUCCCCUGAAUCUUCCUAAGAUGGCUGGAACAAGGUCUGCGAGUAUUUAGACAGGACACUUUCUUAAUGAAGUGAUAAGGGAAGGACUCAUUUUUUCCUUAUCACUUAGCCCAACCUUCAUCCUACCUAGUUAUGGGUAACCACACUAGGAAAAAGUGUGGUUACCCUGGCUAGCUUUGCUCCGGGAAGGCUCUGUCUGAACAUGCUGCACUGUAGGAUCAUAACAUUCAUAAAACAUAUGCUCUGUGACUUUCACAAUAACCGGGGAUCAUGGGAGACCUAAGAAAUGUGUGUGAGACCUAGUCUGCUGUCAUAACUUAGUCUGAAGGAGAUGAAAAAACCCAAGGGUAUGAAACAAACCAAGUCAGAUGAUGAGCAGAACCCUGGCAUAUUGCGAUUAAGAGUUUUUUAGCUAGAAUCUGGACCCAUACUAUGGGAAAAUUUGGAUGUUCUGGGAAUCCCAAAGCCAGGGUUCCAGUUUCACUAGAGUGAACCCACUAGGAAUUUGAGGGUGAGAUCCAGCUCUGGUUUGCACCUUGAUCUCUCUAAUGAAAAGGGCGAAGAGUCAAAGUGCUCACUUUAGGUGGUGAGCUCCCUUUUCUGAACGGGUUUAAGCAUUUGCCACAGUGUGCUGGAGAAGGCGUUCCUACACUAGGUGUGAUGUUGGACUAGAUAACAUGGAAAAUCCUUUUUUACUUAAAGAUUUACUGAGGACACAGAGCUUAUUAAUGAGAGAGCCCUGUGGGUUAGGAUGCUGCAAAUAGAUCCUACAGUCCCUUCUGCAAGGAACUGUGGCCAAACUUUGGCAAGAAGUGAACACAGUUGAAAUACCAAUGAGGCGAGAAGCUGAAUGAAAGGGGAUGGGCAGGGCUGUGCUAGAAAGAUGGAAGUAGGUGUUAUCCUAACCCUCAGGCCUCAUACAAACUAGGGGGUUCAACUAUUGUACGUUCUGGUCUCCUUUGCCUCCACCAAUCCUCCAUCAGGUAGAACUCCAGGCCAGCUCUAAGUUAGAGUUUGUUUCCUUAAGAUUCAAGGGUAGAGAAGUAAAAUGGAUCAGUGGAAAAGAUAAAGUCCAACAGCAAGGUUUAGGUGUGUAGAGGAGAAACUCUUGGCCCAUCAAAGGCUCCUGAGAGAAACCAUGCAGUUAACUCUGCAGUUGAAGUACCUGAGGAUUGGUUGUCAUGACCAGACAAGAUACGAAAGAGGAAAACCCAGAACCGUGCUCUUCAUCAGUCUGCCCUCUGGGCAAGAAGUCUACUCUCUCACGUGAAUGGGCCCUAUCUCCUCAGAGUGGAUCCAGAUGUUGACUAUAACCAGAUCCACACUUUGCUGACUAAGUUUUUCAUCAUCACCAUUAGAUGAACCUCUGAUUCAGCCACAGAUGUGAAAAUAAAUGGAAGUUGAUUGCUUGUCCAGAAAGUGAAAGAAGAUGACUCUGCUCCUUUCUGCUGGAUAUUUGAUAUUGGUGACACCAUAGCUGGGCUCUAGCUAGAGCAGGGCUUUACAUCACUUCCCUCAUCAUUAAUAAUCGUCUGCAGAGUUUCCAUUGGAGGACUCUUCUGAGCUGCUUUCUGGAGCAUUUUUGAGAGAUUUGAGUGUCCAUGCGUAUCUCAACCAGGACAAGACCCUAUGGCUUGCUGGGAAAUAACAAAUGUUCACUGUCUCAGUCCACAAAAGCCUUGU